AUGAGCGUGCUGAUCCGCAACGCGCAGCGCACAGCGCCUCUGCGCCGGGUGCCGCUCCGUCGCGCUGUCUGCGCGCUGCGGGCCGCGCUGGGCGCCGCGCGCUUCGACGUGGCGCUCAUCUGCGCCGGCGACGGGCUGAUGAGGCGGCUGAACGGCGCGUACCGCCGGCGCCCCGAGCCCACCGACGUGCUGUCCUUCCCCUACCAUCGGGUGGCGCCGGGAGAGCUCCCGCGGCCGCGCAGCCGCGACGAGUACAACCUCGGGGACAUCUUCUUGGGGGUGGAGCUCAUCCAGCGGCGGUGCCGCCGGGACGGGGAGGACUUCGAGAGCGUGCUGACGGUGAGCGCCGCGGCGCGGAGGAUCUGGGCCGGCGGCCUGGGAGCCCUAGCGUUCGUUUUUCUUCUUGGAUUUUAGCUGCGGGAGGCGGGAGUCUGAUUGGAGCGGUGUCCACUUGAGCGAGCGGUGGGCCCAGGGGAACCUCGUGUUCUCGUGACUGCAGCCCAUGGAUUGUGUCACUUGCUUGGCUACCAGCACAACACAAAGGCGGAAUGGGAACAG